UUGUUUCUCGUUUUAGUUGCUUGCGUUGUGUGUUAUUGUUGCGUCAGCGUUUUAUAAGUCACACAUCUCUUGCUGACGUCCAGAUGAGGUUGUUUACGCUAGCUGCCACGUGAGGGCCGCGCUGGGCAGCGUGCAUGGCGGCGGCAGACUGAUUACAUGUACAAUGAAAGCAGACAUUUGGGAGGGGAAGUUCUUUGGCUCGUCCUUCACCGCAGCUGUUGCCAAUCCUGCGGGAAUUUCCGUCAAGAGCAAAUGACUACUCAGAAAAACUGGCUAAAAGAGUAGCAGCGAGCAAGAGCAGGAGGAAGGGCUGGAGGUGAUGGUGUUUGUAUUUGCUGCAGUUGAAUCAGAGUGUCAUUUGCCUUAAGUAAGCCGUGCAUGAAGGGGUGAGCAGGUGAGGGGUGGCGGGAAAGGCGAGGCGGUGGUAACAGCAGCUGGAGCCCCGCCAAAGCCGCCUUGCCAACCCUCCUGCCGCAGGUUUGUUGUCUAAAAUAUCCCCAGACGGUGAACUGACAGAGCGGGGUGGUAUUUAACAUCCAGCAGGAACACGGACACGUCUGCAGGUGUCUGUGCUUGUGGGUUCAUAGUCCUGGGGGCAGAGAGCACGUCACCGUCACGCGGCGCUACAUCGCUCCUUGCAGGAAAAGUGACAAGUCAAAUAAAAUCCAAACAAGAUCAGUGUAUCACUGAAUCCUGAAGGGCUCCUUGUAUAUCAAUCUUAUAUGAAUAAUAGUUACUUUAAGUUAAUUAAAAUAGUGACAUGUCCCGGAUGAACUGCCUGACAACCGUAUGGGCGUGGAGGAAAGGCUGCGCGCGCACACGUAGCGGUGGUGACGUAGUGAACAGUGUAAUAUAAGGCCGCGAGGAGUGGUGGGCGGCCCUAAGUUGUUGGUGCUUCUCCUGUUGGUGCAGUCCCUGACCCACGACACACCGAGAUCAUGGCUGACGAAAUUCCCGCCCUGGGCACUGAUGAGAACAAGGAGUACCGCUUCAGGCAACUCCACGGCAAGACUCUUCGCUUCCAGGUCAAGACGGCGCACGACUGCCAUGUGGCAUUCACCUCCGCCGCCGAGGAGACCGACCCGAUAGUGGAAGUGUUCAUUGGUGGCUGGGAGGGCGCCGCCUCUGCCAUCAGGUUCAAGAAAGCUGACGAUUUGGUGAAGGUGGACACUCCUGACAUCGUGACCGAGGCGGAGUAUCGCGAGUUCUGGAUUGCCGUGGACCAUAACGAAGUGCGCGUGGGUAAGGCUGGGGAGUGGGAGCCCCUUAUGCAGGCGCCCAUCCCGGAGCCCUUCGAGAUCACCCACUAUGGCUACUCCACUGGCUGGGGCGCGACUGGAUGGUGGAAGUUCCUGAAUGACAGGGUACUCAGCACAGAGGACUGUCUCACCUACAACUUCGAGCCUGUCUACGGUGACUCUAUCACCUUCAGCGUCGCCUGCAGUAAUGACGCACACUUGGCCCUCACUUCCGGCGCCGAGGAGACCAGUCCCAUGUACGAGAUCUUCAUUGGCGGCUGGGAGAACCAACACUCCGCCAUUCGCCUCAAUAAGGAGGGAAAAGGAACCGGUGACGAUAUGGCCAAGGUGGAAACUCCCGACGUGGUGUGCUGCGAGGAGGAGAGGAAGUUCUACGUGAGCUUCAGGAACGGCCAGAUCAAGGUCGGCUACAUGGACACUGACCCCUUCCUGGAAUGGACUGACCCCGAGCCCUGGAAGAUCACCCAUGUGGGAUAUUGCACAGGCUGGGGUGCUACAGGCAAGUGGAAGCUGGAAAUCUAAGUAAAUAUAAGUGGAGUGGUGGUGAUGUCAGACCGCCAUACGUGAUGUCAACACCGCCACCACUGCUACUCUGCCGCCAUGUUGUCCGCCACCUAUGCUACGUAAUACAGCUUACAUCCUUGUCUUCGUUUUGAGUUUAUAAUAAAAUUUCCGAAGCCAGAGAAGCACUGCGAAGGUGAAGCCUCGUGCAAACACCUGUUGCUCCAUUAACCUUCACAUGUCCUCCCGGUCAAGAGAGUCAAGAGGAAGGGGUAUUUUUCAUACUUUGUAGCUUCACGUCAUUAAAAAUUAAAACACUA